AUGGCCCGACGGCGGGAGCGCGGCGGCGGCGCGGCUCGCUCGGCGCCCGAGGAGGAACGCCCGCCCGACGCCGCCGCCAUCGCCGAGUUCUGCCGCAUCGACCAGCCCCUGUGCCACGACGAGGACGAGCAGCUCAGCUUCGAGGCCGUGCGCAACAUCCACAAGCAGAUGGACGACGACGCCAACGGCAACGUGGACGUGGAGGAGAGCGACGAGUUCCUGAGGGAGGACUUGAAUUACCACGACCCCACGGUGAAGCACAGCACUUUCCACGGUGAGGACAAGCUCAUUAGCGUGGAGGAUCUUUGGAAAGCCUGGAAGAUGUCGGAAGUGUACAACUGGACCGUGGACGAGGUGGUGCAGUGGCUCAUCGGCUACGUGGAGCUGCCGCAGUACGAGGAGACCUUCCGCCGGCUGCAGCUCAGCGGGCACGCCAUGCCCCGGUUGGCGGUGAACAACGUCACCAUGAUGGGCACUGUGCUGAAGAUGACGGACCGGAGCCACCGGCAGAAGCUGCAGCUCAAAGCGCUGGACACGGUGCUCUUCGGACCUCCUCUCCUGACCCGUCACAACCACCUCAAGGACUUCAUGCUGGUGGUGUCCAUUGUCAUCGGCGUGGGCGGCUGCUGGUUCGCUUACAUCCAGAACCGCUAUUCCAAGGAGCACAUGAAGAAGAUGAUGAAGGACCUCGAGGGCCUUCACCGAGCUGAACAGUCUCUCCAUGACCUUCAAGAAAGGCUGCAGAAGGCGCAGGAGGAGCAUCGCUCCGUGGAGGUGGAGAAGGUGCACCUGGAGAAGAAGCUGCAGGACGAGAUCAGCAUGGCCAAGCAGGAGGCGCACCGGCUGCGCGAGCUGCGCGAGGGCACCGAGAACGAGCUCAGCCGGCAGAAAUACGCCGAGCAGGAGCUGGAGCAGGUGCGCAUGGCGCUCAAGAACGCCGAGAAGGAGCUGGAGUCGCACUGCAGCUGGGCUGCGCCCGAGGCCCUGCAGAAGUGGCUGCAGCUGACGCACGAGGUGGAGGUGCAGUACUACAACGUGAAGAAGCAGAACGCCGAGAAGCAGCUGCUGGUGGCCAAGGAAGGGGCGGAGAAAAUUAAGAAGAAGCGGAACACCCUGUUUGGGACGUUUCACGUGGCUCACAGCUCCUCUCUGGAUGACGUUGAUCAUAAGAUCUUGACGGCCAAGCAAGCUCUGAGCGAGGUGACGGCUGCGCUGCGCGAGCGGCUGCACCGCUGGCAGCAGAUCGAGACGCUCUGCGGCUUCCAGAUCGUCAACAACCCCGGCCUCCACACGCUGGCCUCCGCCCUCAACAUCGACCCCGGCUGGAUGGGCACCCCGCGGCCCAACCCCUCGCACUUCAUCCUCACCGAUGACGUGGACGACCUGGACGAAGAGCUCGUGUCCCCCAUGUCCAUGCAGUCUCCGGCCUUGGGCAGCACCGUUCGCCAGCGCCUGGUGGACCCCCAACACGCGCACGGAUCUCAGAGGUUGGUAGAGGGUUCCGCGCCAGGCCACCCCGAGGCGGGCCAGGCCGCCCGCUUCCUGGCGGGCAGAGUCUCCCUCCGGCGAAUGCACAGCCUCACGUCCGGACAGUCUUUCAGUUCCGACCUUCACGGAACCAGCCCUUCACCUGCCGCCUCCGCCACCUCUUCCGCUCCUUGCUCCUCAUCCGCCGCCACCGCAUCUGCUCCUGCUUGCCAUGUCCACCCUCUCUGUUACCAUCACACCACCUCCUCUUAUCUCCUUCAGAUGGACUCCACCCCCGACCUGCCCCCUCCUGAUGUCACCUCUGGGAUCCGCUGUCGCACUGAGAGCUUUGGAGACCUGACGCGCUGCGACUCCGACACGUGCCUGCCGCCGGCGAGCGAGAACUUUUCGAUCCAAUAA